AUGUUCUACGUGCAUGCGAUGUGCUAUUCUUUCAGAUGCGUAAUGUCUUCGACGAUUCUCUGCUCGUCGUCACCAUCGUCUGAAGUUGUUUUUCUGUUCAUCCUCUGCUCUUUGUUGGAGAGCUUUUGCCAAAGAACGUUCCUUUCCACUUCCCCCUCUUUGCCUUGCUUGUCACGCGACUUGGUCUGA